AUGGCGACAAGUGCUGAGACCGAAAGCAAAUCCGAGGGCCCUUCCUCAUCGAAACCGCCUAAUUCGCGGACAUCUACAUCGAGUAGUCGCCUCGUCGAAAAGCUUAGUCGCAUUACCCCAUCCUCUUCUCCAAAACUAAAUGGUAUCGUUGCUCCAACGGCAGACUCGGCUUCCGAGCGUAGCCCUGGUGCUUCUACCAAGCAGUCCCCUGUCCUUGGGGCACAAUUGUCCAAGCAGUCUUCACCUGUCGAGCUCCCAGCUCCCGUUAUCCAAGCCCCUGUUCCACAGAAGCCGAAGAACUCGUUGCAACGAAUGUUCUCAAGGACCGGAAAGAAAGAAUCACUUGAGGUGACACCAAUUCACACCAACGCUUCUACACCCGUUAACGGCGAGAGGCCGUCCACGGAUCGUCAGACCAAUGGAGCCGACAAGAAAUCUGAUCUAAGAGGUCCUCUGAAGAAGAAUAGCAUCUCUGAAGAGUCAACAAAAGCUGUUACCAACAGCAAAACAAAAGAUGCCCUAAAACGCUUUGAGGGCCUACCUGAUGGCGGUCAUAUACAUCAGCUAAAAAGUGCCAAGAGACAAGAGAGGCUUUCCGAUAUGCUUCGUGAUCUUAUCCUUGGGAAGAGAAAGGACGACCUUCCCGAGAGUGACAACCUCAACUUAGUAUCCUCAUGGGUAGAACAAAUCAAGAACGAUAAAGACAAGUUGGCAACCGACAAAAAAGGUGGUCCAAGUAGUACAUCAACUUUGGUCGAAAAGUACGGUAAAUGUCAAGAGGUUGUCGGUCGCGGCGCGUUUGGUAUCGUCAGGAUAUCCCACAAAGCGGACCCAAACCACGAAGGCAAAGAACAACUGUAUGCCGUCAAAGAGUUCAGACGCCGACCACAAGAGUCUGCGAAGAGAUAUAAUAAACGUUUAACUUCUGAGUUCUGCAUCUCCUCCAGUCUCCGACAUCCAAAUGUUAUUCACACCUUGGAUCUCCUUCAGGACGCCAAGGGUGAUUACUGUGAAGUCAUGGAGUACUGUGCUGGAGGAGACCUGUACACUCUAAUCCUAUCUGCUGGUAAACUCGACUGUGCCGAAGCAGACUGCUACUUCAAGCAGCUUAUGCGUGGAGUUGAGUACAUGCACGAGAUGGGUGUUGCUCAUCGUGAUUUAAAACCAGAAAACUUGUUGCUCACAAGUCGUGGCGCCCUCAAGAUCACCGAUUUCGGAAACGGUGAGUGUUUCCGCAUGGCUUGGGAGAAAGAGGCUCACAAGACGUGCGGUCUUUGCGGCUCUGCCCCAUAUAUUUCACCAGAAGAGUAUAUAGAGAAGGAAUUUGACCCAAGAGCGGUUGAUGUCUGGGCUACCGGUGUCAUCUACAUGGCAAUGAGAACUGGCCGACACUUAUGGCGUGUCGCUAAGAGAGAUGAGGACGAGUUUUUCCAAAAGUACCUGGAAGGUCGCAAAGACGAGGCCGGGUAUGGGCCCAUCGAAAGUCUUCAUCGGGCUCGUUGCCGUAACGUCAUCUACUCAAUACUUGACCCCAAUCCAACCCGCCGUAUCACUGCUUCCCAGGUGUUGAAAUCCGAAUGGGGCAGAGAGAUCAAAGUUUGCCAGGCUGGUGAAGAAGGCGACAACCCAAGUGUGCGAAACCAUCAACCUCAUUCUUCUUCGACAACUGCCCCUACGGACGACGCAUUGAGCACCAAGCAAGUCAAAGCCUAA